AUGAGUGGCUCAUCAUCAGGAUACUGUAAUCAUGUUGUUGACUAUAUAAAAUCAGUACCUGGUAUACUCAAAAUGAUUGAAUUGCUUUGUGAUCUACUUGCAGUCAUUUUAUGUGGUGCUGCACCGACUAUCAGUGGUAGUAGCGGAAACAAAGGUUUUUUUUUAUUUGUUUCCAUACUGGCACUUAUAUUAACCUUUGUACUAUUCAUUAUAUUCAUAUUCAAUUUAAAUGUUUUGUGUAUAAUAAUUCCUUGGAAGUACACUGAACUUGGUUGGUGCGCAUUCAUUGCUUUAUUUUAUUUUAUUGCAAGUAUUGUUAUUGCGACAAUAGCACGCUAUGAUGGGGCGUACGGUGGUGCAACGUUUUUUGGUUUCGCAGCAUUUCUUACUUAUACAGCCGAAGCUGUUUACCAUUUUCUUAUAAUCAGAACUGACGCUCCCCCACAGUCUGCUGAUCGCUAUAGUACGCCGCAACAACCAACAAAUAAUUAA